GAUCCAGCUGCUGAGUCCAGGCCGGGCUUUCCGGCGCCUCCUGCCUCUCGCACCCAUUGUGAUGCUGCUGCUCCGGCUCGCGCACUUCACGCGGAGUUAGCGCGAGCGUGGCCAAGGUAACGAAAAAAGGAGUAACCGCCGCAGCUUUUAGUGGAUUUACCUGAUAGAUUUUAUACUUUAAAACAUGUCCGGCUGUCUGGAGGCUGUGGUGCUGGAGUUGGGAGAGUGGAGCUCGGUUCUCUGACACAGUUAGGAGAAGUUAAGUUCUCGUUAAGGCGAAUCUCUGAAGUUUUUUUCUUUCCCUCCGCGGAGCAGCUCAGCUCGGCUCGGUGUUCAACACUGUUCAACAGACCGAGCCAUCAUGGCGAGCCGCUGGCGGGUUGGCUCCGUCACUUCGCCUGGGUUUUACUCUUUGUCUUGGAAAAGUCCUGCUCAACUUUCCCCGGGUCGCUGUAAGGUUUUCAGCCGCUGCCUCGUCGCUUUCCUGGCGCUGCUGUGCAGCGGACUGUGCGGCGGGGAGAGCGAGUUCUCGAUCCUGGAGGAAGCGCAGGUUUUGGCCGUGCAGAUGAAGAAGCUGUCCUCGCAGGAGCUCGGAGUUUUCACCAUGCAGAGAAUUUUCAACUCCUUUGUGUACACAGAGAAGACUUCAAAUGGAGAGACGGAGGUGCAGCAGCUUGCAAAGAAGAUCCGGGAGAAGUUUAACCGUUACCUGGACGUGGUGAACAGGAACAAGCAGGUGGUGGAGGCUUCCUACACGGCCCACCUGACCUCUCCACUUACAGACAUUCAGGACUGCUGCUCAAUUCCUCCUUCAAUGAUGGAGUUUGAUGGAAAUUUUAACACAAACGUAUCUAAAACCAUCAGCUGUGAUCGACUGUCCCCCACUGUCAACAGCCGAGCUUUCAACCCAGGACGAGAUCUCAAUUCGGUGCUGGCAGACAACCUGAAGUCCAACCCUGGCAUCAAGUGGCAGUACUUCAGCUCAGAGGAGGGCAUCUUCACUGUGUUUCCUGCACACAAGUUCCACUGCAAGGGAACAUAUGAGCACAGGAGCAGGCCUGUCUACGUGUCUGCGGUGAGGCCACAGUCUAAGCACGUUGUAGUGCUCGUAGACCACGGCGCAUCAGUCAGCGAGACGCAGCUCCAGAUCGCUCGUGACGCCACCCUCGUCAUCCUCAACUCCAUCGAUGAGCACGACAAAAUCUCAGUGUUGACAGUAGCAGAAGCAGUUCGUUCCUGUUCGCUGGACCAAUGCUACAAGAGCUUUCUGUCCCCUGCCACCAGCGAGACCAAGAGGAAGAUGACCACUUUCAUCAACAACAUUAAAGCCUCGGACAGCCCUACCCAGCAUGCCCUGGGCUUCCAGAAAGCCUUCCAGCUACUGAGGAACACAAGCAGCAUCGGCAAACCACAGAGCAACACUGAUAUGGUGAUAAUCUACCUGUCAUCGGGCAUCACCUCGCGGGAUUCCUCAGAGCAUGAGAAGAGAGCCACUCUGAGCGCCAUAAAGGAAGAGAACCGCCACCUCAACAACUCAGUCAUGAUCCUCACCUACGCUCUUAUCAACGAGGGUGUGACUGGUCUGAAGGAGCUGGCGUUUAUGCGAGAUUUGGCGGAGCAGAACUCAGCUAAGUAUGGCGUUUCAGACCGCUCACAGCUUCCCGUUGUGAAGGGCAGUAUGAUGGUGCUGAAUCAGCUCAGUAACCUUGAGACCAGCGUGGGCCGCUUCUACAUCAACCUGCCCAACCGUAUGAUCGACAUGGCAUCGUUCAGCCUACCUUACGCAGACCAAAUGGGUGAUGGCUUCAUUAUGACGGUUAGUAGGCCAUGCUACUUUGGAAACCUGCUGUUGGGGGUCGUGGGGGUGGACGUGAACCUUGCCUAUAUUCUGGAAGAUGUAACCUACUACCAAGACUCGCUGGCCUCUUACACCUUCCUCAUAGAUAACAAAGGUUACACUCUCAUGCACCCAUCGCUGACUCGCCCCUACCUGAUGACUGAAGCUCCUCUGCACACAGACAUCAUCCACUAUGAGAACAUUCCAGGCUUCCCUGCUGUCCGCCAGAACAUCCUCAGUCUGCCUCUGGGGAGCCAGGUCAUAGCUGUGCCCAUUAACUCCUCUCUGUCCUGGCACAUGAAUCGCCUGCGGGACCCCAGCCGAGAAGCUUACAACGUCAGCUAUGCCUGGAAAUUGGUCCAGGACACCUCCUUCAUCCUGUGCAUAGUCUACGUUCAGCCAGAAAUCCCAGUGAAGCACCUGAAGAACCUUAACACAGCCCCCAGCAGUAAGCUUCUGUACCACAGACUGGACCUUUUGGGACAGCCAAGUGCCUGUCUGCACUUCAAACAGCUUGCAACUGUUGAAUCUCCCACGGUGAUGUUGUCUGCUGGUAGUUUCUCCUCUCCUUAUGAGCACCUGAGUCAGCCAGAAACCAAGCGGAUGGUGGAGCACUACACUGCCUACCUCAGCGACAACACACGCCUCAUAGCUAACCCAGGCCUGAAGUCGUCUGUCAGGAACGAUGUGAUGGCGACCAGUCAUGUGACGGACGAAUGGAUGAGUCUCAUGGAGCUGAGCAGCCUGAACUGCUACAUUGUGCGGCGUUACAUAGCAACGCCCAAUGGGGUGCUGCGGAUUUACCCUGGCUCUCUCAUGGACAAAGCCUUCGACCCUACUAGGAGACAAUGGUACCUUCAUGCUGUGGCCAAUCCUGGCCUUAUCACUUUCACUGGACCUUACCUGGAUGUUGGUGGAGCUGGAUAUGUGGUCACCAUCAGCCACACAAUCCAUGCCUCUAGCUCCCAGAUGGCUCCAGGCUACGCAGUAGCAGUAAUGGGCAUCGACUUUACUCUGCGCUACUUCUAUAAAGUCCUGCUGGACCUUCUGCCCAUCUGCAACCAGGACAAGGGCAAUAAAAUCCGAUGCUUUAUCAUGGAGGACAGAGGCUACCUGGUGGCCCACCCAACCUUGAUCGACCCCAAAGGCCAUGCUCCAGCAGAACAGCAGCACAUCACCCAUAAGGAGCCCCUAGUGGCCAAUGACAUCCUUAACCACCCUAACUUUGUGAAGAAGAACUUGUGUAACAGCUUUAGUGAUCGCACAGUGCAGCGCUUCUACAAGUUCAACACUAGUAUUGUGGGUGAUCUGACAAAUCUGGUUCAUGGCAGUCACUGUUCCAAGUAUCGGCUCACUCGGAUUCCAGGAACCAAUGCCUUUGCAGGAAUUGUGAAUGAGACUUGUGAUUCGCUGGCUUUCUGUGCAUGCAGCACUGUGGACCGCCUCUGUCUGAACUGCCACAGAAUGGAACAGAAUGAAUGUGAAUGCCCCUGUGAGUGCCCUCUGGAGGUGAAUGAGUGCACAGGCAAUCUCACUAAUGCAGAAAACAGAAACCCGAGCUGUGAGGUACAUCAGGAACCCUUGUCCAUGACUGUGAUUGAGCCCAGCUUGCAGGACACUCUGCCUCAGUGCAUCAAUACCCGUUGCAGUCAGCGCUUCACCAGCAGUGACUGUUUUGGUGUCCUGGACUGUGAGUGGUGUAUGGUGGACAGUGAUGGCAAAACCCACCUGGACAAACCUUACUGUGCCUUACAGAAAGAGUGUUUUGGUGGAAUUGUAGGUGCCAAGAGUCCUUAUGUGGAUGGUAUUGGCCUUUUAGAUGAAGAGGUGGCAUCUCUGAACAUGAUAAAAAGUGCGCCCGUGGGGCCAGUUGCAGGAGGCAUUAUGGGAUGCAUCAUGGUGCUGGUGUUAGCUGUUUAUGCCUACAGGCACCAGAUCCACCGCCGGAGUCAUCAGCACAUGUCCCCUCUGGCCGCGCAAGAGAUGUCUGUACGGAUGUCCAACCUGGACAAUGAGCGCGAUGAAAGAGAUGAGGAUAGUCAUGAAGACAGAGGAAUAAUCAGUAACACACGCUUCAUUGCUGCUGUCAUUGAAAGACACACACACAGCCCUGAGCGCAGGCGGAGGUACUGGGGCAGAUCAGGAACAGAGAGUGACCACGGUUACAGCACCAUGAGUCCGCAGGAGGACAGUGAGAAUCCGCCCUGCAACAACGAUCCCCUCUCCGCCGGAGUGGACGUGGGCAACCACGACGAGGACCUGGACCUGGACACGCCUCCACAGACCGCCGCCCUGCUCAGCCACAAAUUCUACCCCUACCGGCACACGCACACACACCACCCACUCCACCCCCACACGCACCACCUGCAGGCAGCCGUCACAGUUCACAGUGUGGAUGCGGAGUGCUGAGGAUCUGAAAUGCAGCCGCCCACCUCCCCUACGGUGAUCCACCUUUGAUGCCACUUCACUCCAGCCCUGCCUUGCCUUCAUCCUCCACCCCCCCCCUCCUCAGCCCUCGCUCGGCAGGUGCUGCACCCCCUCAGAGAGCAAAGGACAGGGCUGAGCCCCCCUGCGGAAAUCCUCUCUGAUGAGGAACGGCCAGCGACCCCGCCUGGACUACCAAAAAACUUCUGAAAUUACAGCGCCCGUCACUGAGCCUUUUUCAAGGUCGUGGGAGGGCGGACUUGCACUUGUUUUAAGUGCCACAAAGCAUCUCAAAUUUUUUAAAGGAAAAAAUGAAGAUGAAAGGAUUAUUUUUCUACUAUUUAUUGAACUCGAACUAAGGUGGAAAUGAAUGAAAACAAAGAAGAAAAAUUGUGAAAGUGUGAACUGUGAGGACUGAAUUUCUCAGCAGAACACAGGGCCCAUGAACACUACUACUGUUAUAAUAGAAGGCCCUGCUCUUUCCAGUGACUGGACUGCCAAACAACAGCAUCAGCAACAGCAUCGAACAGUGGGAUGGAUGCAUAGCUGGGUGCGUUUUGCGUCACACGCUAAACUGUGAGAAUGUUUGAUUGAUUGUUUUUUAGCACAAAAAAACAUGAAUUUCUAAUAAGGAAGGACUUGACUGACUGUGCCGAACAUCAGACAGAGAAAAACAGACAAAAAGAGAGAGAGAGAGAAAGCGAGUGAGAAACACAGAGCACCAGCCAUCUGUGAGUGGAGGCAGAAAUGUGUUGCGUUUAGAGAAGAAGCUUUCAUUCGUCGGAUGGUCUCGUCCAAGCCUGUUAUGUGUCAUUUGUGAUGGUGUGAAUGCGGAAGUGAUUCUCUAGAAUCUGUCCAAAUUCUCUCCAAAUGUGGCCAACGGUCCUAGUGCUUCAAGUGUCGUCUCGAAACCCCUCCCACACCCACAGCUCUGCUAGCUAUUUAAGACAUCGUCAAAACAGUGACAUCAGGAAACGUUUGGAGACUUCUGAGGUCCACCACUGUGUUGUAUAAGCUUUCAUCACUGCAUUCGUUUCAAGCUCUGCCCAGCCAUUUCAUUUGGACGUUUUUUAGUUUUGUUGUUUGAGUUGUGGAGAAGAACUAUUGUUGGAGUAAGUGUGUGAGUGCGUGUGUAUGUAUGUGUGUGUGUGUUAUUUGUGGGCACAAAUGGAUCGUUUUCCCUGAAGUUGACGUCAUACAUUUGUGGGUGUGGCUUUCUCCUAUUUUUACAAAAAUGUUCUUUCAGUAUUGAAAGAGAUCAAGGCAAGUCAAAAGAAGUUUUGGAAUCUUUCUGAACAUCUGCACUUUGAUCUAAUCAGCCCUACUGUCCAAAGCACCUUCAUACUCAAACCAGGUACAUGACUGACCUACCUUAUCUUUUAUUGGCCUCUGCGUUAUUUGAUUACAUUACAUCUGCGUCCCUUAAACUGCAUUUUAUAUGGAUGUAUGAUGCAUUCACCAUGAAUAUCCAUCCCAUCAAACAGGGUGUGACAUCCUCAGCAUGAACAGCUCUUCCUUCAUUUCUGAAUCAUGUCCAAACACAGCGUUUGUCGCACAAAAAGGUGCCAGAGAAACGUUCUGCUCUGCCAGCGAUGCUGCAUCAUUUUUGCAGCCAUGCACGCAAGUAGCAGGUUCUUGCUGUUUCUCUCAAGCGCUUUACCACUAGAAUCAUACAAAACACAAAACACACUCCAGCCAUGUUUAACACUCUUGAAAACGCAAAGCUGGACUGAGAAAACAGAAAGAAGAGAACAGAACAGAAUCCAACACACUACUCAUCAUCUCAUCUUCUCAUCCCACUAAUGUAUCCACUUCUGUUCACACACCAAUCAACACUCACAGGGAAUAAAAUGGAAAUAUAUUAUUAGGUCUCCUCCAGGUAAAUCACCAGGUUUACACUCCUCAACUAUUUACUUCAUACCAAACCCAUUCCCUGUUAAAUUCCUGUGUAUAUGUGCGAUCUGUGUGAAAGAAAGGGGCUUCAAAUGUUGUCUUCUAUUUGUGCGUAUAUGAUUUUAGAGGGAUUAUGGCUAUUGUUUCCAGAUUGAAAUAAUAUACCAUGUAUAUACAUCUGAACUUUUAACAAAGUAGCUAUAAAAAAAAAGUUCCUCCAUA